CGAUGGCAAGUGUUAUGGGUAGAUUGGAUUCAUUUUAUCAAUGGAAUGGUUUUAUUGGCGCCGAACAACUGCAACCGGUUUUGGAACAAAUGAAAGCUCGCGGUGGACAAUUGAGCCAUGAACAGGGUUUGUUUUUGUUGAAUAUUUGUGGCUGUGAAAUGCCUUCGAUUACACCGGCCGAAAGAAUGGCCAAAUUCCAAGAGGUGUGGCAGUAUUUGCAGGAGGCCGAUAUGAUUACCCGAGACCACUAUCACAUUAUGUUAAAUGUCUUGCAAUACAAUCAACAUCCGCUGAACGAUUAUAAGACGCUGGUGCAGGAAUAUGAAAAAUUAGGGGGUUCGACAAAAGAAAUCUAUUCCGAUCUGCUGGCCAUUGCUGGUGCAACGGGAAACGUUAAACAAACCACCGAAUUAUUGGCUGAAAUGCGUACGCUACAGUUACCCUUGUCGGAACGUGAUUUUAAUUCCCUGUUAUUGGCUAAUGCUCGGGCCAAAGAUAUGAAAGGUUUUGAGACGGUCAAGGAUAGUAUGCAUGCUGCAGGUUUAUCAUUGAGUUUGAAUACCCAAUCGACAUUGUUUGUGGCCUUUAUGGAGAAUGGUGAUAGGGAUAAGGCCUUAGCCAUAUUGCAAGAUUAUCGAGGACAAUUUGAACCCGAUCAGGUGUUGAGCAUGUUGCGUAGUAUACACCAAUCAGCAAUAGGGUCGGAAGAUUUGGUUAAACAAUUGGUGAAGGAGUUAAGGCCGGAAUAUGUGAAAUGUGUUGAGGUGCCGUUGGCUUUGCGUCGCGUUUGUGUGGAGUUUUUGCAUAACAACAAACUGGAUUAUGUCAUGGCCAUCAUUGAUGCCUUACCCAAUCCCAAAUUCCAGGAGAACCAAAGCAUUGACACCUAUGGUGUAUUUCUAUUGCAUGCCCUAUUCCGUGCCAAUUGUGAGGUGGAGAAGAUCAUUGAAAUUGCCACACGCCUAGAGGAGUCGGAGAAAAAUUCCCGUGCCUUAUAUAUUGCUGCUGAAAUUGCCCUUCGACGUUCCCCGCCCAUGGUAUUGCCUAUAUUCGAAGAGCUGCAAAAAAAGGGCCAAACUAUUAAGACCCACUUUUUUUGGCCCCUGAUGAUGUAUAAUUUUAGGCGCCACAAUGAGUCGGGUAUUUUGAGAACUUUGAAAAUUAUGCAAAAUUUCAAAGUGGAGUGUGAUCACGACACAAUUUGCCAGUAUGUGCUUCCAAGAUUGUCCAUAACCCUGACAAAUCCACAAAUGGCCCUCAAACAAUUGGAAGAGGCUGGCAUUAAGACAUCAUUGGUAAUGACACCCAUUGUAUCGCAUAUGUUGACCCAAAGUAAAUGGUUUGAUGUUGUGCCGCUGGUCGAGGCCUAUCCAACCAAAUUGCAAGUAUCCGAUCUCAUAACACCGCUGGUAAGUGUGGCGGUGCAUGUACGGGCCACCAAACGUUAUCAUCACUUUGCCAAGCUGAUAAAUGCAUUGGCAAAUAAAAAUAUGGAAAGGCAACAGGAUGUAGUGGGACGAUUUCUAAUUGAAUUGCUUAGCAGUCAGGCACGAGUGCGUUCCGAUCUCAAUUGUGUGCAACGUCUGCUCAACGAACUGAAUAAAUGUAAUGUGAAAAUAUCAGCCACUGCUGUAGCCACAAUAACAUCGUUAUUGAAUCAAACAACCAACCUGGAAGGGAAUAGCAAUAGUAUGCAGAAUAUUACACAGUCGUUAAAGGAUAUGACUAAACGCUCCUUAAGUCUGCAUAAUUCCUCAUCGGGCGAUGAAGAUCCCAUGACUUCGUCAUUUAUAAAACAUCCAAGAGAUAUGAAUUUGGAUGAGCUAGAAUGUCAUUUGGUUGAAUUGGAGGCGAAGCAGAUGAAUACACGCGGUGUGCUGCGGCGUUUGCUGCAGUUGUGUGUGCGGGAAAAUCGUUUGGAGCGGGCUCUGGAAAUUAAACAGAAAUGUGAUAAGCUACAGGUUCAAACAAGUCCCGGCAUGUUGGCCAGUAUAUUUGAUAUGUAUACGAAAUUGAAGGAUUUACCAAAUGCCCAGAAAUAUUUGAAGACCAUCAGAGAAACUUAUCCGGGUUUCCAAAUUGAUGAACACAAAUUUGUUGACUAUGCCGCAUUGUUGGUUUCCUGUGGCCAAUUGGAUGCGGCCAAAGACCUGCUGGAAGAUCGCUCUCUAAAGCAUCGCAUUGUGGGCGGUGAUUAUAUAUUGAAAAACGUUUGGAAUUUCCUGACAAAUGUUGCUCAAUAUGCUGCGACACAAAGCGAUUUAUCACCCGACCGUAACUUGACCCGAGAAACCUAUGCAUUUUUACAAAAAUUGGGCUAUUGUCGUACCCAUAAUGCCAUAUUGGGUCCAAUUGUUCGUGAACGUUUACUGCGCAAUGAUUUGCCGGGUGCCCUAAGGGAAUUUAAACAAUUGGCCACACAAUAUAAACACACACCGUUACAAUUUGAAUUACUCUCCCUGAUUGUUCGACUCUGCAACAGCAGUGAAGAGGAAAGGCAAAAAUUCAAUUGUACCACCGAACAAGCUCAACAAUAUCUAAGCGAAAUAACCGAAAUAAUAACAAAAAUCCAUGGCAAUGUUAAUAUGAACAGUGGUCUGCUAUUGGCAUUUGCCGAAUCCGGUUCCGACAAUCAAUUGCGUCGUCUGUUGUUAACACCCGAAUUCCGGGUAAAUGAAGAUUUACUGCUGCGAAAUUGUGAACAUUUGGGUAAGGAGGGUGCUGUCAAGACAUUGCUACGUUUGGCCCGCGGUGCCCGUGGCCUGAAUCGUGUCAUUGAUGAACAAAAUAUCUAUAAUAUGUUAUUGAAUAAUUUCACCAAAGCAAAUGAUUAUCAGGCCGCAUUAAACCUCUACGAACGUUUGGAGGCCGAUGAUGAAAUGAAAAUAUCACAAGAUUUCCUUAGGAAUCUUGUUAAUCUGCUUAAGGCGAAUAAUGUUGAAAUACCCAGUAAUGUGGCUCUAAGAGCGAGAAUUGUAUAAAA